AUGGAGACUAAUGUGACCAGAGGCCGAGCUGAUUUUGACCCAAGUGCUCCUCCACCAUUUAAGAUUGCUGAGAUUAGGGAUGCAAUUCCCAAACACUGUUGGGUUAAAAAUCCAUGCAGGUCUUUGAGUUAUGCUGUUAGAGAUAUUUUUGUCAUUUUUGCACUGGCAGCCACAGCCGAAUACUCAAGCACUUGGUAUGUUUGGCCAUUCUAUUGGGCUGCCCAAGGCACCAUGUUUUGGGCUGUAUUUGUUAUUGGACAUGAUUGUGGCCAUGGAAGCUUCUCAGACUCUCGCUGGCUCAAUAGUUUUGUGGGGCAUAUUUUGCAUUCUGCAAUUCUUGUUCCUUUUCAUGGCUGGAGAAUCAGCCAUAAAACACACCAUCAGAACCAUGGACAUGUUGAGAAUGAUGAGUCUUGGGUUCCAAUGACAGAGUCUUUGUACAAAAGCUUGCCUAGCAGCACCAAAACGCUGAGAUUCACAAUGCCUUUUCCAUUCUUUUCUUUCCCUCUCUAUCUGUGGUAUAGAGCUCCUGGUAAAGAAGGCACUCACUUCCAUCCUAGCAGCGACCUGUUCUCUCCUAAUGAAAGAAGUUAUGUUAUAACAUCAACUGUUUGUUGGAUUAUUAUGGCUGCUUUGCUUUUCCAUUUGUCCAUUGUGUUUGGUCCUAUCCAAAUGCUCAAAUUAUACUUUGUUCCUUAUUGGAUUUUUGUUAUGUGGUUGGACAUUGUCACAUACUUGCAUCACCAUGGUCAUGAGACGAAACUCCCUUGGUACCGUGGUGAGGAAUGGAGUUACCUAAGAGGCGGACUUACAACUAUUGAUCGCGAUUACGGAUGGUUUAAUAAAAUUCACCAUGAUAUUGGGACCCAUGUUAUACAUCACCUGUUCCCUCAAAUCCCACACUAUCACCUAGUAGAAGCAACAAAGGCAGCUAAGCAUGUUCUUGGGAAAUAUUAUCGCGAGCCAGAAAAAUCAGGCCCAAUUCCAUUUCACUUGGCGAAGAUUUUAGCUGCAAGCAUGAAAGAGGAUCACUAUGUCAGUGACACAGGAGAUAUUGUGUAUUAUCAGACUGAUUCAAAGCGCCUUAGAUUUUAUGAGAAGAUAAAGUCCUCGUAA